ACGAUGUAUCGAAACGUAUUGCUGUUAAUAGCGUUGGUGACUACAUUAGAAGCCGCCAAGCCAUGCACCAACCUACACCCCGGGAUGUCUAAAAUAGUCAGGGGUGUUGACAUCACGAAACUUGACCUUUUACCUCUGCAAGUUGUGGGCAAUGAUGGGAUCUUGAGUCCAGUUUUUCCACUGACGUGUGACCAGGGCAAGCAGUGGAAGAAUCCAGCAGGCAAAGUGUACGAGAUGCCAGACCAGAUUUGGCAUAUUACUUCAGUUCCCGGCGGAUGGCUCAGCUCGGAGGUGGAAACAUACUCUACCUACAACGAAGUCAGGAAGUCUAUGAGUGCCAACUUUGGUCUAGAACCUAACUUUGGAAAAUUUGCGUUCUCUGCCAGUUUUUCCUACAAGAAAAUGCAGAGUUCAAUCACCAACAGUUCAAGGUACUUGUCCGAUGUAACAGCAUUUGCGGGAGCCACCAGAGUUGACGUAAUACCAUCUAAAAACCUGGAGCUGGAUAAUUUUACUAGGCAUUACAUUGACAAAUCACUGACAGGGACCUUUGAAACAAACCCAGCUGCUUACAAUAAGUUCAUUGCUGCUUACGGUACUCACUACUUUUACACAGCUAACUUCGGUGGUUUCGUUAGAAUGCUGUUUGAGACUAACAAAGAAUAUUGUAUGACCAGAUCUGAAGAACAGAUUGAGGCUAGUGCCAAAGCAAGUUACAUGAUGUUGGCUGUGAAUGCCGGAGGCUCGUCUGGAAGCUCAUACGUGGACGAAAUGUUUCGAUCGAAAUCUAAGACAACCAUCAAGUAUUAUGGAGGUGACACGAAUCUUCUCAACAGCUAUGAUGGUUUAUCAAAAUGGCAACAAUCUGUGGAAAAGGACCCAUGGCUUUUCUCUGGAAAAUUGAAGCCUAUCAGUGAAUUGAUCGAAGAUGAAACGAAGAAGGCGUCCAUGGUAAGAGCUGUUGAAAACCAUUUACUCAGAAGCUACUUGAUAGAAAUGGAAUCUCUUAUAAAUGCAGCCAGAGCAAGGUCUGAUAACGUUAUAAUAAAUUCAUUCUUGAGUCAACUGAAAGAUUUAAAGAAUAGCAAAACCGUUAGUGAAAGUGCCGUUGAUGCCUUAUCUAGAGAUCUUGAAGAAUACAUGUCUGUUCCUCAAUGGUUUAUGGAUACCACAAAGAUAUGUUUGCACUAUUGGGCAACUUUUGACUGGUUUCAAUGUGGCUGGGGCUCUCAGGAUCGCUGUGCUAACGUUAACCAGAUGACGAGUUGGUACCAGGACUGGACUGAUUGGAGGAUUGGCGGAUGUAAGAUGCAAUGGGCGAUCUUCUCGUCUAAGUCACAUCCCCCGGCUUGGCUCAGCAAAGUAAAGAUGUGCUUUCAGUGGUACGCAGAGGACAACAUUUAUCAGUGUGGAGGCGAUAAGGGUAAAACGUAUUGCUCUGAUAUCAACUCAUACACCACGCCAUAUUUUGACGACACAACCAGUCGUUCAGGUGGCUGUCAAAUGCGUUGGAUGAUUCAAGUCCCGGACGACGCCCCGUACUGGAUGAAAGCGGUACAGAUGUGUUACCACUGGGAGGCUGAUGGUAACUCUAAACAGUGUGGUGGAAGCGCCCCGCCACACCAAUGCGUAUUGGCCAACCAGUGGACCCAGUACUAUCUCGACUACACAGAUAACCGCCCUGGGGGCUGCAAGAUGAGCUGGGGUUUGAGAACUUCAUACUAA